AUGUCAGCAUCGGCAGGACGGGCUCGGACGCCGAAGCCCUCGACGAGCUCGGUUCAAAGAGCGGCGGUUGCCACAGCGUUAACAUGCCGCGCAAAAAAAGUUAAAUGCUCCGGAACCGUGCCAUGCCAAUAUUGCUCAAGGAGAUCGCUACCCUGCUCGAUUAAUCCUCAUGGCCCUCGAAGAGUAUACUCAGCAAACAAAAUCGCCGAGCUUGAGAGUCGACUGGAAAGAUACGAGGAGCGUAGUGACAGCGCUGCGAGUUUCAAUGCCACAUCUGCAUCAUCAGAUUUACCAAAUGAUGCCCCCCAAGAUGAAAACCCUAUCUCUCAAAGCCAGAACGAGCCGCUUCCAACCCCGGGCAAUCCGACGCUGCCCCAGUUCGCCAACUCAGGUAACGGGAUCAACUCUCAGCCUAUCUCUUCUUUGACACCUCGACCACCCGCUUCCUCGGUCUUCGCACCUGAGCCUUCCUUAAGCUCAAGCAAUCGAUUCGGUAGAAAGGUUCAAGAGGUUUUAACCAGGUCUGGCUCCGCAAGGUCAUCGGACGUUGUUCCAACCCCUAGUCCACACCACCCUAGUCAUUUGGGUUGUUCUCCCAGAGUCACAGCCAAACAUGCACCCCAACUGCCAAACGAGGAUGAGGCUUUCCGCUUACUCGAGGCCGUGAGUUUGUUCAUAGGACAAUCACAAAGUCACUACGAUUCCAGAGAGAUAUCUGACCGGCUUUGGUACAUCCAAGUGAUAAUCAUCUUGGCUAUAGGAAAGCUUUAUGCGGCCAACUUUGAGCAAGGGGGACACGACUUGCUGGGACAAGAACUCUUUGGUUUUGCUCAGCAAAGCUUUCCGUCGAUGAGUGUCCAGUAUGCCAACGGCAGAUUAGGGGUAGAGCUCAAUGCACUGAUGGCCAUGUAUCUGCAGAUGAUGGAUCGAAAAGAGGAGGCUCAUCUCUACAUAACCAGUGCGCUGCGACUCGCGACUCUUCAUGGCUAUCACCGGGAGAAUGCACGAGGGAAGCUUCUUCGGUCUGAAAAGGCUCAGAUCAACAGGUUGUGGUGGACUGUUUAUAUGCAAGAAAGGCGUCUCGCUGCAGCCACUGGAACCCCUUCCGGAAUCAACGACGAUGCGAUAGAUCUACCUCUUCCUUGGGACGCAUCCGGAUUCCCGCCCGCCGCUGCGAUUCGCGCCAAUAUUAGAAUUGCCAGGGUUACCGGGAAAAUCAUCACCAACCUAUACGGCACCAAAUUUGAGAGUGAAGAGGAUUUUGUAUCCAAUGCCCAGCAAAUCAUCAAGAACUUCUUUGACAUAUCAACCGAGAUCCCCUCAGAACAAUUCUUGAAUCUCGCUGGCAGUAACUCGAAUGUGUCUCUGAGGACAGCCGCCUCUCUCCAUCUGAUGCUCUAUCAGACAGCUUUGUUGGCCAUACGCCCACUCAUGCUCCGCAUUACGCAGCGGCACGCAGGGAAAGCUAUCAAAGACGUGCUCAGAAGCCGCGAGACGGAUUCUCAAGGUCAUCAUCGCCCUCAAGCAAAGGAACCUACAUCGUUAACAAAUUUAGCUGUUUAUGGCUUUUUUGAGUGUGAUGCAAUCUUUUCGGCGGUAUUUAUUAUGCUGCUUACCAAGAUAUUUGACUCGUCAUGCAAGCCAGAGGAUAGGAUCAAUCCCUCUCCGGGUUUACAGGAAGCUAUGGACAUGCUUCAGUACCUCGCUGAUCGGGGCAACAUAUUUGCAAGAGAGAGGUUUCGAGAAGUCCAGGGUGUCUGGGACCAUCUUUCAGCGACUAUGCAAGUUCCGGAAAGUCAGCUACCUUCAACGUUACGUGCUCGCGAAAUAAAUGGGGAUCAAGAGGAAAUGCGUCAAGAUAUGCUACCGUCGCAUGAAGGUCAGUCUUGGGGCACCUCGAUGUGGAACAACCAUCCGGCCAUGUGGCUUCCCAUGGAUCUUGCCAGUGAUGGUCACACGGUGGGCAGUCUGGUUGCAGACCUACCGCUCGAGGAUGCAUUUCAUCAGUACCAGUCACUCUUCAACGAUCCAAAUUGGACUUUAACCGGCCAAGAUGUUGGGGACUUUGCUGAACUUCGAAGGCAUGUGUUCUGGCUGAACCCCUAG